GUUGACUUUGAAAUUAAAUCACAUUCAUCCAUCUCAUUUUCUCUGAUCAAUUGUGUCGCAAAGUAUUCUUCAGAAGGAAGUAUUGAGUAGUCGUUGCAUAUCCAUCAUCUCAUCAUCAUCAUCAUCAUCAUCAUCGACAUCAUCGACAUCAUCGACAUCAUAUUACCACCAUCACAAGAUUUGCCACAUCUCAUCAAAAUGGGUUCCAUAGCAAAAGAAGAACAACCAUCAAAUGUUGAAAGGCCAACAUUUUCAUCAAAAGCAAAUACGCUUGAAUAUGCUCAAUCACUUGAUGCAAAAGAUCAUAUGCGAAGAUUUCGCGAUCAAUUCAUUAUUCCAUCAAAAGCCAACAUCAAAGCAACCAAGUUGGAGAAACCAGGUUCGUUUGCACUUUUCCAACAUUUACCCCGCCAUCACAUGAUUUAAGAAUAUAAACUUAUCAUCAACCAGGUCUUUCCGAUGAAUCUUCAAUAUAUUUCUGUGGAAAUAGUUUAGGUCUCCAACCUAAAUGCGUGAAAGAUUAUCUUCAAGCCCAUUUAGAUACAUGGUCAUCAAUUGGUGUUCAUGGACAUUUCCGCGAUUUGGAAGAUUCUCCUUUAACACAAUGGCAAUUACUUGCCGAACAUGCUUCCAAACAAUGUGCACCAAUUGUUGGAGCUAGAGCUUCCGAGGUAGCUAUGAUGGGUACUUUAACUACGAAUUUACAUCUGUUAAUGGCUUCUUUCUACACGCCUACUCCUGAAAAAAACAAGAUUAUCAUGGAAUGGAAAGCAUUCCCAAGUGAUCACUAUGCCAUCGAAUCACAAAUUCGAGGUCAUGGAUAUAAUCCCGAAGAAGCUAUGGUGAUGAUAGGACCGGAAGAAGGAAGUUACGAAAUAUCUACCGAGAAAAUCCUCCGUACUAUCGACGAACAUGCUUCCACGACUGCACUUGUCCUUCUACCUGGUAUCCAAUAUUACACGGGUCAACUUUUCGAUAUCAAGACUAUUACCGCAUAUGCUCAAUCUAAGGGUUUAAUAGUAGGAUGGGAUUUGGCACAUGCGGCUGGAAAUGUACCAUUACAACUUCAUGAUUGGAAUGUCGAUUUUGCAGUUUGGUGCACGUAUAAAUAUAUGAAUGCCGGCCCGGGAAGUAUUGCAGGUGCAUUUAUUCAUGAGAGACAUGGAGAGGUGGAUUAUAGUGAAGGAGAGGAAAAACCAAAAUAUAGGCAUAGAUUAAUGGGAUGGUAUGGUGGUGAUCAAAGUUGUCGAUUUUUGAUGAAUAACAGUAAGUAUCCCCAUCUUAUGCUUUUGGAUGAGUAUUAACAAUACCACAGAAUUCCGUCCAUCGCCUGGUGCCUCCGGUUACCAAGUCAGCAAUCCCUCAGUCGUAGAUCUCACCUCUCUUUGCGCUGCCCUUUCCAUUUUCAACCAAACCUCCAUGGAAGAAAUAAGUCAAAAAACCCUCCACCUAACCGCCUACCUCGAACAUCUUCUCCUAACCUCCAAUCCCUCCAACAAAAACCCCGCUUUCCGCAUCAUUACCCCCUCUGAUCCUUCAGCAAGAGGAACUCAACUAAGCGUCCUAUUAAAACCCGGACGCUUAGAAACGCUCUCCGAUAUGUUAGAAGAAGCGGGUAUUGUAGCCGACAAGAGAAAACCAGAUGUUAUUCGUGUGGCACCUGUACCGUUGUAUAAUACGUAUGAGGAUGUAUGGAGGUUCGUACAAAUUUUUAAUGCUGCGUUGGAAAAAUGUGAGAACGCUUAAUGUUUUAUGGAUAUUGAUGAAGGGGAUGUAAGGUUAUGGAUAUUUUGAAUGUUUCUUGUAGUACAUAUUUAUCGUGUAAUAUAUCCACAUUAUUUACCAAUGUCCAAAAUCUAUUGCUAGAAAG